CCGGUGGACUCUGAGACCCGCAAUAAAGGAAGCAGGCAGAGCCACACAACACAUAUACACACUCAUACACUCACACACUCACUCACUCACACACACUGCAGUGUAGAGGAAGGAGUACACGGCUGUGAAACAGGAAGAAGCGGCGGUUGCAAGCGUUGAUUUUGAAUUCCUGACCUGAACAAUGGCAAACAAAGGCCCAUCGUACGGUUUGAGCCGUGAGGUUCAGAGUAAGAUUGAUAAGAAGUACGACCCUGAGCUGGAGGAGAGGCUGGUGGAGUGGAUCGUAGCUCAGUGCGGACCCUCAGUGGGCAGACCUCAGCCCGGCAAACAGGGCUUCCAAACGUGGCUCAAGGACGGAUGUGUUCUGUGUGAGCUGAUUAACAGUUUGCAUAAGGAUGCAAAACCAGUGAAAAAGAUUCAGAGCUCCACCAUGGCCUUCAAACAGAUGGAGCAGAUCUCCCAGUUCCUCACAGCUGCUGAGAGGUAUGGAGUCACCAAAUCUGACGUGUUCCAGACCGUCGACCUCUGGGAGGGUAAAGACCUGGCGGCCGUGCAGAUGACCCUGAUGGCACUGGGCAGUAUUGCUGUUACCAAGAGCGAUGGCUGCUACCGCGGUGACCCCAGUUGGUUCCAUAGGAAAGCUCAGGAGAACAAGCGAGAAUUUUCGGACGAGCAGCUGAAAGAGGGUCAGAGUGUGAUUGGUCUGCAGAUGGGCACCAACAAAGGAGCAUCACAAGCUGGAAUGACUGGCUACGGACGACCCCGACAGAUCCUGAACUAAAGAAAUGGUCAAGAUCGGUCACCUUUUUCUCCUUGCCAAUCAGUGAGGACCAAACAGACACCACAGCUCGUCUCCUAUAUGGAAAAUAACUGGACAAUAACAGGGACCAAAACACACACAGACACAAACACCACCCUAACACCCCCAUGCUAGGGAAUGCCACUUACACUGUGUUUGCUAUUUGAAUUUUUGCAUUUUAAAUGAGCAAUGUUUUAAUAUCCAAACAGGAAAUAUGUUAUAUUGUAAUGAAUAAAAAGCCUUGGAAGGUUUAAUAUUCGUUUAUCAUGUGCAGCUAGGGGCGUUGUGUUCCUGCAGCUCUGCAUAGGUGUAGCUAUUUAGCUUAGCAUGAUUAGCUGCUUGUGUCACAGAGUAAACAGCACACCCAUUCCUAUCCCUCAAACAGACAACCUGUGGUAGUUUGAACCUGUUUUGUCAUCUUAAAAACAUUCAUUAACACUUCCAUGUACUCAAAUAAUUAUUGUACCUUCUACUCAUUCCAUUAAAACACAACAUACCUGAAUUUAAAGCAGCUCCCAGUUCUUGCUUUGUUUCCUACAGAAUCCAUCUCAGAUUAGCCUAAUGCUAAUAUCUUGAUUUCGGCAAGUUUGUACAUUGUAUAUUGAUUCUUAAUAAAAUGAUUUUGAAACUGA